AUGCCUGCCUCCUACUACGGCCAAGAGCAUUACCCAUACCAGCUGUACAUCAACGGUAACCAACCGCAGCUGGCUCAAACACAGCCGGCACAAUCUCAGAGUCAACCUUUGACCCAACAACUGUUGCAGGCUCAAUCUGCCCAGUACCAGCAGCCUUAUGGUGGCCAGUACUACAUGGUCAAUAACCAGCAGGUGCAACAGGGCCAGCAUCCAUUGCAGACCCAGCAGACUCCUCAGCAGUCGCAGUAUCAGCAAUACCAACAACCACAGCAGACCCUGCAACCUCAAGUUCCUCAGCAGACUCUGCAGCAGGGUGACUAUGCUGCUCACUAUGCUGGCUAUGGUUCGUCCACUUCGCUGGCUGCUCCAUAUCAGUAUGCAUUGUAUCAGCAAAAUGCUCAACCCAUCUCGACUGCUGCUCCGCAGGCUCUGAUCUAUGGUGCUCCGGGUCAACAGGCUGCCACUGCUCAACAGACUCCUGCUGUUGCUGCAUCUCUGGCUGGCGCACUUAGCUCGCAAUCGGGAGCUCCCGUGUCGACCAGUGCUGCUACUGCUCCACUGUCUGUUCCUCCUUUAUCUGCCAAAGGUUCCGUAUCUUCAGAGACCGCUGGCAGCGGGGGAAACUCGUCUGUGGGUCAGUACCAACCCCCUGGUAUUCGUCCUCGUGUGACCACCACCAUGUGGGAAGACGAGAAGACCUUGUGUUACCAGGUGGAUGCCAACAAUGUUAGUGUGGUUCGUCGUGCUGACAACAACAUGAUCAACGGUACAAAACUCUUAAAUGUGGCGCAGAUGACACGUGGCCGUCGUGAUGGUAUUUUGAAGCUGGAGAAGGUUCGUCACGUCGUCAAGAUUGGAUCUAUGCACUUGAAGGGUGUGUGGAUUCCAUUUGAGCGUGCGCUUGCCAUGGCCCAGCGGGAAAACAUUGUUGAUUUGUUAUACCCUUUGUUUGUGCGUGAUAUCAAGCGUGUUAUUCAGACAGGAGUUACACCUUCCUCUCAAACUUCCAACAACACAGCAGCUAAGGCGCCAAUUCCUGCAAGUGCCUCCUACCCAGCCAACAGCGCUGCUUCUCUGGCCAACCCAAACAUGAGCUACUACCUGCAAUAUCCUUCGCAGUACUCACCAACGACUUCUGGUGGAAUCGCUGUUGAUGGAGCUGCCACUGCUCCUCAACAACAACAGCAGCAACCGCAGCUGCAACAACAGCAGCAAAUGGCCGCACAACAGCAACUUUACGGCUACUCUCAGCCUUCGUACUAUAAUCAGUCGUACGCGUACAACCAAUCGGGAACUUCAGGUGCUGCAGGAGCUAACAGCUACUCAUCGUACUCUCAAGGUGCGCCAGUGUACUCUGGCUACGCAGGCUACUCCCAGGCACCUCAGUCCCAGGGCCAGCCUCAGAAGUCUUACGAGCAGUCGCAGCCUCAGCCAUUGCAAUCGCACCAGCUGCCGCAGCACGGCUCUCCAGCUUCUAAGAAGGAAAAGGAUUCCGAGAAGAAGUGA